AAAAAUGAUUUUACGACAAAUAAAUCGUUUUGGACUUGGCCAGUUUCGCGGAUUAUUUUCCUCAGCUACACAAACCAACACAUUUCGUUCAAGUUUGGAAGCAUCUCCCUUAACUCAAUUAAGCGAAGAAGAAGUUGCUUUUCAAGAUUCUGUCAAGAAUUUUUCGAAUAAUGUAAUAAAACCUCUUGUUAGAGAAAUGGAUGAAAAUUCAAAAAUGGACCAAAAAGUUAUUGAGGGAACUUUUUCUAAUGGAUUGAUGGGAAUUGAAAUUGAACAAAAAUAUGGAGGGCCAGAAUCAACUUUUUUUAAUCUUAUUCUUGUAAUUGAACAAUUGGCUAAAGUGGACCCUUCUGUUGCUGUACUUGUAGAAGUUCAAAAUACAUUAGUGGCCUCUAUAAUAUCUGAAUUUGGGAAUGAGGAACAAAAAAAGAAAUAUCUACCUAGAAUAUGCACAGAUUGGGUAAAAUUAGGAAUUUUCUUUAAAAUUAAUUUAAAGGUUGGAUCUUUUUGUUUGUCCGAAGUUGGAAGUGGUUCUGAUGCUUUUGCAUUAAAAACCGUUGCUGUGCCAAAAGGAGAUGAUUUUUUAAUUUCUGGCACAAAAAUGUGGAUAACCAAUGCUGGACAUGCAAAAUUCUUUUUGGUUAUGGCUAAUGCUGAUCCUUCAAAAGGAUAUAAAGGAAUUACUUGUUUUUUGGUUGAUAGAGAUUCUCCAGGUCUAACUGUCGCCAGACAUGAAGAUAAAUUAGGAAUUCGGGCAAGUUCAACAUGCCCAGUCCAUUUCGAUGAAGUUAGAGUUCCAAAAAGUUCAAUUCUUGGAGAAUAUGGAAAAGGUUAUAAAAUGGCAAUUAAUUGUUUAAAUGCUGGACGUAUUGGAAUUGGUGCCCAAAUGCUUGGUUUGGCUGCUGGAUGUUUUGAUUUAACCGUUCCUUAUUUACAAGAAAGAAAACAAUUUGGGAAAAGAAUUAUCGAUUUUCAGAGUGUUCAACAUCAAUUGGCAGAUUUAGCCUGUGAAAUAGAAGCAACUCGUCUUUUAGUUUAUAAUGCUGCUCGUUUAGCAGAGGCUAAUCAAUCUUUUAUAAAAGAAGCAGCUAUAGCUAAAUUAUAUUCUUCAAAUGUUGCCACAAAAGUUACAAGUAAAUGUGUGGAAUUGUUGGGAGGGGUUGGAUUUACAAAAGAAUUUCCAAUUGAAAAAUUUUAUAGAGACUGUAAAAUUGGAACAAUAUAUGAGGGAACUUCAAAUAUUCAAUUAAAUACAAUUGCUAAAUUUAUAGAUGAUGAACAUAAAAAUUAA